UGGAAUACCAAGCAUCUGUUUACACAUGGAAUCUUUGCCUGUAGGUCAUUUUUUGUUCACAUCUGAGUCGGUGAAUGAGGGACAUCCAGACAAGUUGUGCGAUCAGAUCUCCGAUGCCGUCCUUGACGCCUGCUUGGCCCAGGACCCCAACGCGAAGGUUGCCUGCGAAACCGCAGCUAAGGGGGAGAUGGUGAUGAUCUUCGGAGAGAUCACAACCACUGCCAAGGUGGAGCUGGAGAAAGUGGUGCGUGAGACUAUCCGCAACAUCGGUUACGACUCUGAUUCCAAGGGUUUGGACUAUCAGUCUUGCAAUGUCGUGGUUGCGAUCGAUCACCAGAGUCCCGACAUAGCAUUGGUCCAUAUCAACAAGAAGAUGGAAGACAUCGGUGCUGGAGACCAAGGUAUCAUGUUUGGCUAUGCUACCGACGAAACCGAAGAACUCAUGCCCCUUUCUCAUCUCCUGGCUACCAAACUUGGCAAGAGACUUACCGACGUUCGUAAGGACGGAACCCUUAAAUGGGUUCGACCCGACGGUAAGACCCAGGUUACGGUCGAGUACAAGGAUGAUAAUGGUCACAUGAUUCCCAUCCGCGUGCACACGGUUGUUAUCUCCACUCAACACGAAGACGACGUUUCGAACGAGCAGAUCCACCGCGAUCUCAUCGAGCACGUCAUCAAGCCGAUCAUCCCCGCCGAGCUCCUGGACGACCGCACGAUCUUCCACCUGAACCCCUCGGGUCGCUUCGUGAUCGGAGGACCCAGCGGCGACGCCGGUCUCACGGGUCGCAAGAUCAUCGUGGAUACCUACGGAGGCUGGGGCGCCCACGGAGGCGGCGCGUUCUCUGGAAAGGACUCCUCGAAGGUGGAUCGCUCGGCCGCCUACGCGGCGCGCUGGAUCGCCAAGUCGCUCGUCCAUGCGGGUCUGUGCAAGCGUUGCCUGAUCCAGCUGUCCUACGCGAUUGGCGUGAAUCACCCGCUGUCGAUCCAUGUGGACACCUAUGGAACGAGCGAGAAGACCGAGGCCGAGCUGGUGAAGAUCAUCGUGGACAACUUCGAUCUCCGCCCCGGCUGCAUCAUCCAGGAGCUGGGUCUGGACAAGCCCAUCUUCCAGAAGACGGCCGCGUAUGGACAUUUUGGAAGACCGGAAUUCCCUUGGGAGCAGUGUAAGGAACUCAAGAUGUAACCUGUUGGUUCGCUCAAUCUUUACUACUAAACGGCAUUA